AUGGCAAACGCUAUCAAGCCAUCCAACAGGGCGCUAGCCAACCUCGAGUUGGAGUCAACCGUUGACUUGGGAGACGAGAUCGCGAAGCUUCCCUCCUACGACCCGGAGACAUGCCCCGGUGGUCUUAUCAACCUAUCUGGUGCCACUAAUAUGCUCGUCAAUGACUUGAUGAGGGAGCGCAUGGGCAAGUUUGUCCAAGACUAUGAUGCUAAUCGACUCUCCCCAGCUCUCCUAUACGGGCCAGUGAAUGGUCCCAAUGAUCUCUCGGUGGUCGUCGCUCAGUUCAUCAACCGCCGCUUUGCGCCGGCCACAGCUAUCCAAGCAGGAGACAUUCUCACGACCAACGGUGUCACCUCGCUCAUCGACAUGAUGGCGUUCAACUUUUGUGAGCCAGGGGAGGCCGUCAUGGUCCUUACUCCGACUUAUCUCAUGGUUCCCCAUGACCUCUGCGCUCGCACCGGGGUCCAAAUGAUUCCCGUGUCAACAGAAAGCAUCCCUGAUCAAUACAGCUCCAUGUAUGCGGCCAAGGUGGUUGAGAAACUGGAACAGGCAUACAUCGCCUCAUACCGUCGUGGGGUGGGCGUGCGUGCUCUCAUCAUAUGCAACCCUUGCAAUCCUACGGGACGCAGUUACUCAAAGGCGUCGCUGCUCGAGAUGGCUCGUUUCUGCGGCCGACACAAGAUGCAUCUGCUAGCCGACGAAAUCUAUGCCAUGUCGAGCUUUGAGCCCCUGGAGCCUGGGCUGGAUAUGUUUUCGUCCGUGCUAAGCAUCCAAGAUAGUCCCCAUGAUAGCAUCUUCAAGGAGAACAUCCACUGCCUGUACGGUGCCAGCAAGGAUUUUGCAGCUGGGGGUAUCCGCCUGGGCUUCUUGGUGACGCGCAACAAGCUGCUCUGGAAAACAUGCCGCCGUUUGGCCCUGUUUACUUGGGUCAGCUCCUUCUCAACCGCCUUUUUUACUCAUUUCCUGUCAGACACAGAGGCCGUAGACAAAUAUCUUGCUCUCUACCAAAGUCGUUUGCGGACAAGCUAUAUUGCGGCGAGCGAGCUCUUCCACAAGCACGGCAUCCCGUUCCGGCCCGCUAAUUGCGGCAUGUUUGUCUUUAUUGAGCUGACAAAGUGGCUCAAGUACUUUGAAGCUCCGGAUGUUAAGAGCCAAGAAGUCCAACUGUACCGCUAUCUUGCCUUUCAAGCCGGCGUCCACCUUAACAUGGGCCAGCUAUCGUUAUCUCCUGUGCCUGGCUGCUUCAGGUUUGUUUAUGCCGCUGGGAACACUGAAGCAGUGGCAUUGGCCAUAACACGCAUUAGGGAGGCCUUGUCGAAGCUCGAA